AUGGGUAUUGCUCCCAGUAAAGAUAAUGAAGAGUUAGUUGAUACACUUGUUAAAGCUGGCCAUAUACAAAGUACACAUAUCGAGUUGGCAUUCAGGCUAGUCGAUCGUGGUCGUUACGUUCCCGAAAAAUAUUUGAAAGAGAUUUACGGUGAUCAACCUUUUAAGGUUCCUGAAAGCGAUGCUGCAUCUUGGACUCCCGGCUUUCUGCACAUAUCGGCUCCUUGUAUGUACGCGUGCGUACUGGAAAAGCUGGAUAUCAGAAAAGGGCACGCUUUUCUCAAUGUGGGUUCUGGAUCCGGAUGGUUGAAUACAGCCUGUGGCUUUCUCGUCGGUGAGAAAGGAGUUAAUCAUGGAGUAGAAAUUCAUAGCAACUUAGUUGAAUAUGCUGAGAAUUUGAUGAACACCUCAACCAUUCAAUCAGGUGCAGUAGCCGGAUAUGAAUGGUGUAAACCCAAAUUUAUGCAUAGCAACGGAUUGACACUGAAAAAUGCUGAUGAUUUUGAGGGUUAUGAUCGAAUUUAUUGUGGAGCGUCUAUACGUGAUCCUAACACUGUUUUCCGUCUUAUGCGGCUCUUGAAAGUCGGUGGACGAAUGGUUGCUCCUUAUCAUAGCGUGUUGUUCUCGUUCUAUCGUGUAUCACAAUCAACCAUCCGAACCGAAAAUAUUACCACCUGUCAAUUCGCAGACUUGCUUCUUCCUGAAUCUGGAACUCCUCUUUCUGUAUUAUUCCCCUGCCAGAGGCCAACGCCGCUCAAAAUCAUAUGUAGAUACCACAUUCGUAAAGAACUGAGGAGAAAAACUGAUUGUUCUCAUGACUUUGUGGUUACUCUAAAACUCGCGCGAGAAGAAAAAGAACAACAGAUAUGGAGUUCCGAUGACUUCCAGCAUACAGCUUUUGGCCCUCCCGAGAACUCUGCAGCCAAUUUUCAAGCAGCGAACCCGAGACUAGUGCCUAAUUCAUUCUUAACAGCAACAGAGCUAUCAGGACGACCUUUUUCUACUUUUUUCCGGCCUGGCAUUCAUCCUGAAAAUUCGGAAGUACCUGGUACAGAAGACUAUCUAAUACCUGUGGAAAAUGAGGAACAGAAAUCAAUUUAUAUCGAAUAUCCUUUGAACAUGGGGGAACCUGAGGAAGAUGAAGCAGAAAACGCAAACGAUAUUGAUUUUCAUGGUCAUCAACUAGACGAUGAGACCUUUCUUGAUAAUAUAUUAGGCUUCGCGGCACGCCAUAUAGGCGUAGCAGGUCGCACCAUAGCGAGUGAAGAAGAGCUACAAGAGCGUGAAGCAGAGGAAGAGGCAAGGCGAGUAGUUCAGUUCUCUAGAGUGACGCAUGGCAGAGUUACUAUCGAGCCACCAGUUGACGCUUCGCUCAACUUAAUGGAUGGGAGAACUCGUCGUUUCCGCUUUGUUCAAGAUGGUACUCAGAACAAUAUAUAUGGAGUGCUGGACCCAAAUUAUCGGUCGUUUGAUCAUGCUGGUAACGGCACUCAAGCGCAACCGCGUUCAAGUCGGAGAAAUUACGAUGAAGCUAAUGCUAGUACAGAUACGGAUGACCUCUCUGAAAGAUCUUCCUCUCCGAAACGAGCUAGAUGGGAGAACAAAGCAGAUGAUGGAGGCGAAUCAUUGGAACCUUUUGCUGAUGAAGGGCCGGAGGAGAAGCCGACAAAAUCGACUACGAAUGAAAGGAGAAAUGAGAGGAGAAGUGAAAGGAUAAGUGAGAGGAGAGGUGAGAGGAGGAGUGAGAGGAUAAGUGAAAGGAUAAGUGAAAGGAGAAGCGAAAGAAUAAGAGAAAGGAUAAGUGAACGGAGAGUAGAGAGGAGAAGUGAGCGGAGAAAUGAGAGGGAUCGCUUCUGUGAUUGCACAACAAUAAGAGCGGCUGACGAACGAGAGAUGAGCAGAAUGUUGAACACUAUUGAAUCAGCAGAAGAGAAACGAGAAAUUUUACUGAAAGGAAUGAGACCCAGGUUCUACAGAGUCCCUGAAAAUCUACUUAAUGCAUAUGGAACAAGGUUCCAUCAGUUGCUACGCACAUUGCCUAUACCCAAACAUUUAAAAAACUUCGUACGACUACAGAAGUAA